CAACAGCACAGGUUGAGCUGUAAUUAUGGGAAAACAAUCAAAUCUCUAUCUGGGUUCAAACCAUACUGGUCCUGCCACUUUUUUUCUAUUACGGCAGAACCUGUUCAGCAGCUUCAGCCGAGCUGUGCCUCCUUUCUGCUGCUGGGGCAAAGAAAAGCAAACCAGUAGAGCAGGUCAGACUGCAGAGAAAAAAAAAUUAUGGCUUAUUGUCUGUGCAAGUUCACCCACACUGCUCACUUCUGUCUCUCGUGUCCCAGAUGACUGCGCUCAGAUCACAGCUUAACAGAGCCUGAGGAGCCCAGGGAGACACGCAGACCCCCAUACUAAAAUCUGAAUAAUUUGAGACAAAAGGACAUCCUUGCAUGUGGCCCAGGAGCACAGCAGAGCCCUGAACAUGAGCACAGAGAGCUUUGCAGAAUUCCUGAACAAGCUCAAGGAAAUCCAUGAGAAAGAAGUCCAAGGUCUGCAAACAAAGCUAACGGAGCUGACGACGGAGAAGUGCCGUGAUGCCCAGAGAAUUGAAGAGUUGUUUGCUAAAAACCACCAACUAAGGGAACAACAGAAGGUCCUCAAAGAAAAUGUCAAAGUGCUGGAAAACAGGCUGCGGGCAGGUCUCUGUGACAGAUGCAUGGUCACCCAGGAGCUGGCAAAGAAGAAGCAGAAUGAAUAUGAGAAUUCCCAUUUGCAGAGCCUCCAGCAUAUCUUCAUUCUCACCAACGAGAUGAGCCGCCUGAAGGAGGAGAACAAAGCUCUCAAGGAAGAAGUGAAGAGGCUCCAGAGCCCAGAGGACAGGACCAAGUACCCAGGAGCCAUCUCCAGGGAGCGCAGCUCCACACCCAGUUCCCCACUGCCAUUACUGUCCCCCAGUAGCAGGAGCACCAGCACUGAGAGAGUGGCUCUUGGAGCAACAGAGGACUCCCAGCACGGUGUGCCAGGGCUCGAGGUGGGGGAAGAGAAGGCCACAGGACAGAGAAGCUCUCCGAGCAGCAGGGUUUCCCCAAGCACUAUCCUCCAAGAAGCCAGCCUGGCAGAAAUGGCAUCCCAGAGGAUUGCCAACCAGCUGCACGGCACCAUCGCCCUGGUGAGGCACAGCCUGGAGAAGAGUCCCUCGGGGGCUGCAGUGUCCCCACCUGCCAGGAGGACCCCAUUGCCACUGGAGCAGGAACGAAGCCCCAGCCUGGAGUCUUACUUGACAACAACCAAGCCAAUAUCCCCCAAGACUGCUCCAUCCUACGAAAGUCUAAAGCUGACUGCCCGCAAAGAGCAGCUUUGCCUCCUCAACAAGCACCUUGCCCUGCACCAGCUGGGGCUGGCAAGUGGCUACUCUCCAUCUGAUGGAGACAGCAGCUUCCACAGCCGCUUACUCAGGGCCACAGAUGGUGAUGGCAGGACAAGGCCGCGUGAUGACUGGGAUGACAGAGCUGCCCUGCUGAAGCUCCCUGCAGCCGUGGUGUACGUGAGGGACCAGCACCUGGAGGGGAAGCUGCACCUCCUCAAGCACCGUGAGCGGCUGCAGCAUCUGGAGCAGCAGCAAAGCCAUCGGAUCAAGGUGGAUGGGGAGCCCAAAGCUGUGCCCAAGGAGCGGCCACUGUCCCCGUGCCUUGGCAUCACGGUGGGAUGCAAGGAGGAGAGGAUGGAGGAUGUUGUGGAUGGGAAGGUGGAAAGGGAGAUCUGGUUGAGCCGGGAUGGCUCUGAGCACCGAGGAAAGGUGGAAGCAUUGAGAGACUAUGGUGUGGACGUCCCACUGGACCUGUCAGACACUGGGCGUGGGAGGGGAAUGGGAUGGAUCAAGCACCAGGAGGCCAACAGCCCACAUCAGAGCCUGGGGGACAGCCCCAUGCAUGGCCCCUGCAGAAGACAUGUGAUGGAGCGGGACGGCUCACAGCCCCACAGCCGCUGGCAUAAUGCUGCCCAGACACAGCUCACAGGGCAGCCAGGUGCCAUCAAGGAGGAGGAGGAGGAGGAUGAAGAGGAAGCAGCUAUGCUCUCUCUCCCCCGGGUGCAUCCUACAAACAAGUCAACACCAAGCAACACAGAGACUUCUCCAGAGCCCAGGGUGAGACUGGUAGCCAGUACACAGAAGGAAGAACCAGAUGACGAUGAUGACGAUGACGAGUCCAUAAAGCAGGAAUCUGAUGAGACAGAUACGACAGACAGUGAGGUGGCCUCUUCCUAUGAACAUGAUGUCCUGCAAGAAGCCCAGUCAGAAGGGAAAAUUUCUUGCACCAAAGAAAGAGCUCAUGCACUGCAGAAGAAGAGGAGAAGAGGACAGGAUUCCUGGACAAAAGGCUCCAAGAAAGCAAUGAGAGGAAGAAAGAAAGUCAAAGUGGAACAGUGCUCACUGGGGUUGACAGAGGAAGCAGAGAGCUGCUUGGCUUCCCACCGUGACCCCUCUGAAGAGAGUUAGCUGGGUGGUGCCAAGACACAUGGACUCUGCAGCUGAAGGAGAAGAGCUCAGAUCCAGCAUUCCACCAACACUGAGAGCAACUGCUGUCUGUAAGGACCCAUAAAUAUUACUUCAGGAGCAGAGCACACUGAAGCCCUCCCUGGGUGUCCCUGGGAGAGGCUCAGCGUGGACCCCCAUCCUGGUUCCAGGAAAAGGGACCGUGUUCUUCCUCAGGAUUUGGUGCUGGGAGGGACCCUGACCUUGCUCCCUGUGGCCCAGAACCCAGUGUGUGCUUGAGCACUGCAGGUCCUGUUGUCCCCAAGCAUCAGUUCAGUCCUGACUUGGGUUUCACGCAAGUGUGGAUCUUGUUUGAGCUGCGGAGCCCAUGGAUUUCUUUUAGAACACAUGGGCAAGGCAGGUGGGACAGACUCACAGAGAGAAAAGGGACAAGAGCAUGAGAAAGGACAAUGUGCCUGAGAUGUCUGGUGUCCCCAGCAGAGCCAGGUGUGUGUUCCUGGCUGUGCCCCUGCAGCACAGCUCCAGCUCAGCAGCUCAUGCUGCCCAUAGUGGUACUGUAAAGAGCUUGUUUUCAUGUGGAUAAACUAUUCUCAUGCAAUUAUCCUGAAUCGUGGCCUUCAGCAUUGAGUUAUGGAGUGCUGCUGCCCUGGAUGGGACACGAAGAGCAGGGGUGAGCAGAGCUGCAUGGGGGCAGGGCUGCUCCUCAUACACAUGCAGCAAACAGAGCUGAAACAAAAGUGCCAGAGACAGCACCUGCCCUACGUGAUUCCUGCCCGCAGCCACUUCCUCUUACAGGCACUGCUCUUAUUUUAUUGAGGGUUUCUUGGUCCCAUUCACACGAAGUGGGGGAGGGGGUUAACAUGGCAAGCCAAACCCUCAGCCAGGCACACAGCUGGCAUGGGCAUCUUCUCCACAUCGUGUUUCCACCUCCAUAGAGCAAGCCAGAUAAAAUAAAAAUGAAUAAUAAAAAAAAGAUAAAUAUAUAUUUGUAUAUAAAUAGAGACAAUAAUGA